CAAGAACCACUGAAACAGAACUGCUUAGACUUGACACUUCUGACGCUCUCUGCAUGACCCUUACUCUCUAUACCAAGUACCACAAUUCAGCAAAUUUGCCACGUAUUCGAUCGAACUCUCGGAACCAAUCUUCCACUUCAAACCCUCUGUCCACCACCCUCUCACCCUCUUGUACAGUCCAGUCUCCCGUCAGUUUCCCGUUUGCCGGUCGAGCUCCUGGAGCCUUCACUCUGAUAACUGGUUCACCGCCUGAGCCUCACAGCAUGGUCUCGUCAAGGCCACCGAACCUUUCUUGACGAGUGUUGGAUUGACAAACGGAACGUAACCCUAAGAAACCUCAUCGGUUCAAAGUUUCGCGGGAAGUUGUCGAUUCCCGAUUAACUGUGCCUGCAUAACUCUGUUAUCUACCGGCUUCGGCUGUGAGGAUGACAUGAUGUGCUGGGCACAGGGAAAGGGAAGCCCUCGACGUUCAGAGGUUUCAAGUGGAACAUCAAAAGACGGAAUAGCCAUGCGUCAGCGGUUCGUGAAGAGCCACGCGUCGGCAUUCCAAUGCUGAACAGUAUACGUGAUCAUAUAUGGGAUGUUUCGACCGAUAUGAGCGCAGAGCAGCGAGAUGAGAGAGAGGAACCGAUGUUGGAUCCGAGAAGCACCUAUGAGCCAAACCCAGAACACAUCCGUGGCUACCAAUGGAACUCGUCGGGAGGUCUUGAUAACCAGAAGAGAUCCACUGGCCGGAAGUGAACUUGAUGUAGGUCACAGCCAGGUCUCCUAUGAGAAGUCAAGGCUUCCCAACGAUGGGUUUUUCACUCGCCAUGCUGUCUGUUCCGGCCGGUUGCUCUGUGCAUGCUUAGAAUCUGAUGUUUCUAAAUUCCUCUCCAACUCUUUCCUGUAUCUGUAUCCUGCAUUACUGGACAGCUCACUCGUCAAACGCGCAUCACAGCGCCAGCUAUGAGAUGUGUACUUCUUCAAGAAGAUCCCGAUCAACCGCGUCAAUCAUCCAAAUCAUG